AUGUUCCUAGCGAUGCAGGUCGUCCUCAGGAGAAAUACCGUUGCUGGGCCGUCCGCGCUGGCUCGCUUCGUCAGCCACUGUGGCUACUCCACGGCCUCCAAUUCCCAAAGGUUGGCCGGGAAGGUGGCCGUGAUCACUGGUGCCGCCAGCGGCAUCGGCAAGGCGACCGCCGCGGAGUUCGUCAGGAACGGCGCCAAGGUCAUCCUCGCCGACAUCCAGGACGACCUCGGCCGCGCCGUCGCCGCCCAGCUCGGCCCGGACGCGGCCUACACCCGCUGCGACGUCACGGACGAGGCGCAGAUCGCUGCGGCCGUCGACCUUGCGGUGGCGCGCCACGGCCGGCUCGACGUCAUGCACAACCACGCCGGCGUCACCGGGCGGAUGGUCAUAGACUCCGUCGGGUCCCUCGACCUCGCCGACUUCGACCGCACCAUGGCCACCAACGCCCGGUCCGCCGUCGCCGGGAUCAAGCACGCGGCGCGCGUCAUGGUGCCGCGCCGGAGCGGGUGCAUCAUCUGCACGGCGAGCACCGCGGGGGUGCUGGGCGGCAUCAUCGCGCCCACAUACGGCAUCUCCAAGGCCGCCGUCAUCGGCGCCGUGCGCGCGUUUGCCGGGGAGCUGGGCCGUCACGGGGUGCGCGUGAACGCCAUCUCGCCGCACGGCAUAGCCACGCAGUUCGGGCUGCGCGGGCUGGCAGAGCUGUUCCCGGAGGCGAGCGAGGAGGAGCGGAGGCGGAUGGUGGAGACGGGCAUGAACGAGAUGGGCGGCGGGACGGUGCUGGAGGUGGAAGACAUCGCCAGGGCCGCCGUGUACCUGGCGUCCGACGAGGCCAAGUAUGUCAACGGGCACAACCUCGUCGUCGACGGCGGGUGCACGGUGGGGAAGGGGCUCAUCAACCCGGCACCGGCGCAAUAA